CUCGCACCACCCAUCUUUUGCUCCGCUACUCGCUUGCUGCACCUGGCUCACUCUCUCGACUCUCGAGCUGACCCCACCAAGCCCAAUCUGCUCGUCGAAUCGAGCUGUCUCGCGCUUCAAAUCCAGCAAGCGGGUGCAUUCCGCAAUCGACUUCAUAGCCGACCCGGUCCACAUCCAAUGCAUGAACCCAAGGACUGUCGAGUUUCGAAAAGGGCCCAAAGAUGCUGCUUGAGUCGAUAUGAGGUCGGGUGGGACAGACAAGGGAGACAUCCGACUCGAUGAAUGAGUCACGACUGUCUCGGCUGGGGGUGGAAUGUCUGACUGGUCUGCCAGUGAGAUAUUGCGAUCCGGAUUUGAUAUUCACUCGAACGCGGCUCAACCUGCUCCUGCCCGACACUUUCCGAAUCUGCCGCAGCUGCCAUGCCCGUUCUGCGCUCGUCCUCCAUGCUGCGCUCGUCCUCCUCGAAUCUUGGCGCGGUUGGCGGGAGUCGCUCCAAAAUCUUCCACGUUGGUCGAUGAAUGCGCCGCGGUCGAUUGCCAAACAAAGCAGGUGCCCCAGAAAGGGUUUGCGGUGGCUCGGGCGGUCGAGAUGCGUCGGGUGGCAACAGAGAUUGCUCAGGAGGGGGUGGAGAUGGCCCAGGUGGGCUAAAUGCCUCGGGAGGUGGCGAAAAUUGCUCGGGAGGCGGCGGAGGCUGUUCGGGAGGCGGUGGGGGUUGUUCGGGAGGUGGCAGGGAUCGCUCAGGUGGAGGAAUUCGCUCGGGAGGCAGAGACAAGGGGCUGUGACUCAGAGGCGUUGGAGACGGAGGCAGAAAUGGUCCUGCAGCACCAGCGGCCAGGAUCGAUACCGGAGAUGCUGUCGGGGCAUUGCCCAUGGGUAAAAUGGUCUGUGAAUGCAUCAGUGUUGUCCCGAGAAUCUUCCUCCGCACACGUCACGGCGUCCUGCCUGAGACGGACUUGCCUCAGGUGGAACAGUACUCACAGCGCUUCGUGCAGCUCUCUGGUCUUGCCGGCGGGUUUCUAACCUCCGUCUCUUCCGUGCUGUUCGCUCGGCCAAAAGAUCAUCAAGCUCUGGAGCUUCUGCACUCCAUAUUGGACAGCGGGACUGAUGCACAGACAGUCCUACACUGGUAUCGAAGACGGACGUGCAAGGCGGAGGACAGACAUAGCUCAUGAGCAGGAUGAGAACGAUUUGGGCAAUGAGGAGCCGUUUCAUGAAAGCCUGUCUCAGAAAAAGCACAAGAACUUUGUAUUUGCAAUUAUCUACUAUGACCGGUAUUCAUAUCUUAGGGGCUUUUGUAUUGGAUGCGGGAGUUCGGGCUGGUACCUGAAUCGAGUGGCCACAAUGUUUAGCCCCUAUGGUCAUGCGGACAUGUCAGCAUACAUGUGUGGUCGGCAAAACAGUGAAAAAUUGAUCACCUCUCUGCUGCACCGCACAUGCUCUUUCUCAUCUACCCACACCAUGCCCCGCCGCGCUCCUGUUCGUCUGUCGACCCCCACGCCUGAGGAGAUGGCUGCAGUCGAGAAGAUUAAUCAGCAAAUGGCGUGCACAGCCCAAAAAAAGGCCGGUGACGAUAACAAGAACGCAAGUGUCGCGUCUCAUGGUCGCAAUCUCGCCCGCAUUGUUGGUCCCGUGCCUUCGAUUGCUGACGCUGUGGAGUUCGCAGUCGGACUGGACCUCAAGGAUAAUCUUGACGACGAUCCAGACUGGACUCCAAAGCUCACCAGUGCCAUACAGCAACGUGACUGGGAAACCUGGCGCAUUAUAUGCAAAGCAAUGCCUACCUUUCGUGAGGACAUGAUUCAGCUCGGGAGUCAGGUCUCAGUCCGGAAGCAGUAUUGUAACAAGCUGGCUAUUGCUGCCAAAAAAUGCAAAGGGGACGAUGCACGCUCGCUCAAGGUGCACAUCAUCGACUACAUCAAUGGCCCUGGCAAGCCCAAGCCCAUUAUGGAGACACAGGGUGACAAAUCAGAUCGUGGCUUCUAUAACCCUGACAUUGCACCGCUCCUCUGUCCUGCUAAGUAUGAACCGUCACCCAGCGUCAUUCAGCGCAUUCGUGACAACACGCUGAGAGUCAAGGAGGGGGACAUCCCUCAUUUCAUGUAUGGGCCUGAUACCAUCUACGACCCCGAUGAUCCGGAGAAGGGGCUAUUGGAAGGUCCACCACCGGUCCUUGCUGCGACAGCGAAGCACAUCUAUCAGGCUCCUUCGGUUGCACUGAAGGCGCCUGGAGCUCAUCGCGGUCGGGCUGGAAAUGCUGCAAUCAACAAUGUGACAGCGUUGACCCCGCGGGACGUUGCAUAUGUUGCUAUGCAGGCACGUUUUUGCAUUGCAUUCACUGCCCACAAAAGCGACUCUUUUGAUCUAGUUAAGUUCUAUUGGAACGUGAUGAAGCUGCUGGAUUGCGACGAGGGAGCUAAAGCGAUCGAGUUGUUCAAUCAUCAGGUCUUUGGUCACCGUGCUGAGAAGGAUGUGUUCGACGACGAGGACACAGAUUUGGAUGACUUUUCGAGUAUAGAGGCUCGCCGCGCCGCGAAACGACGUCGUUUGAUGGAAGACACUGCCUCUCAGUCUUCUGAGUCAUAGUUCACAUUAUAACCUUUAUUCCAUAUGUAUCAGACCAUGCAUAUCUACAGUAAUGACCAUACAGCAUGUAAUGUGGCAGCUGAGGUGUGACCUCCCACAAACGAUGACAGAUUCUGCG